AUGACCAGAAUGACCCUUCCCGUUACUUUCAACGAGCCAACGUCCUUGCUCCAGAGAAACAUCGAGAUCAUGGAGUACUCGGAUGUUCUUGACAAGGCUGCUGCCUCUGACGACUCCUGCCUAAGAAUGGUCUAUGUUGCCGGAUUCGCUGCUUCCGAGUACGUUUCCACAAUCGGCAGAAUUGCCAAACCUUUCAACCCCUUGUUGGGCGAGACUUACGAGUAUGCAAGGCCCGAUAAAGGAUACAGAGUGUUGUGCGAGCAGGUCAGCCAUCACCCUCCUAUUUCCGCAAUUGUCGCCGAAUCGCCUCGCUGGGCUUAUUACGGUGAGUCAAACGUGAAAACUCGCUUUUACGGCCGUUCCUUCGACAUCAAGCACUUGGGAAGUUGGUUUUGCGAGCUUUAUCCGGACCACGGCGUGGUGAACAAAUCCACCGGUAAAAAGGAGCCUAUGGAGCUUUAUAGCUGGAAGAAAGUCAACAACUCCGUCGUUGGAAUCAUCAUUGGCCAUCCAACAAUCGAUAAUUAUGGUGAAAUGGUCAUCCGUAAUCAUAUGACUGGUGACUAUAUGAACUUCAGCUUCAAACGGAGGGGAUGGAGGGCUUCUACCGCCUGUGAGGUCAAAGGUGACGUUUAUUCUGCAGAUGGCACACUCAGAUACCAAGUCGGUGGCUUCUGGGACAGAAAGAUAUAUGCCAAAUCUGCUUCGACGCAAACUGCCAAGAAAUUCCUCAUUUUCAGUGCCAAUAAGAGGCAGGAAAUGCUUUUCCACCUCACAAACUUUGCUGCCGGACUGAACGCUCCUCAGCCUCAUCUUCUUCCUGUUGUUGCAUGUACUGAUACCAGACUAAGACCUGAUCAGAGAGCUAUGGAGAAUGGCCUGUACGAUCUGGCAGCAGAGGAAAAGAACCGCUUGGAGGAAAAGCAAAGGGCCGUCAGAAAGCAUAGAGAGGAGACUGGGGGAGUGUACCGUCCGUCAUUCUUUGUGGAAGCAAAGCAUCCAAUCACAAAGGAGCCUUACUGGCGUUACAAGCAAACGUACUGGGAAGAAAGAAGAGACGGGAAGUUGAAGCAUUACAAGGAUAUCUUCUGA